CACAUAUACAAAAACCUUGUGGAGAAAGCACGUUCUUGUGGGAAAAAAACGAGUAUAAAAGGUUGCCAAAAGUGUGUCCGCUCUUCAUUGCAUUUCUUCGCCCUCUCAUUCGAACACAAAAAAAUAAAAAGAACUCUCAUCGCCAUGAACAACGAGACUCAAGACAUCGUCAAGCAACAAGACGGCUGGAACGAGCUCUGGAAGCGAGACAUCCACCCCUGGGACAAGGAAACCCCCAGCCCCGCGCUGAUUGAGGUCAUCGAGCAAAAACCCAUCUCGGCACAAAUCCCCAAAUCCGGCAAUGCCCUCGUCCCCGGAUGUGGACGCGGCGUCGACGUCUUCUACCUUGGCAAUGAAAACCGCAAGGCCUACGGACUAGACAUCAGCCCCAUUGCUGUUCAACAGUGCAAGGAUAUCCGCACCAAGAAGGGCGUGUCCGAAUCGCAGGCUGAGUUCAUGGUCGGUGACUUUUUCAAGUUCGAUAUUCCCUCUGGAGGAUUCCAACUCGUUUACGACUAUACCUUCUUCUGCGCUAUCCAGCCUGAACUCAGACCUGCAUGGGGCCGUCGCAUGGCAGAGCUGAUCCCCACGGACGGUGUUCUCAUCACGUUGAUGUACCCCCUUGGCAACCACGCCGAUGGUCCUCCCUUCGCUGUCAGCGAAGCUGCCUACCACGAGCAAUUGGAUUCAAACUUUGCUUGUCUGCUCGUCGACAGCUGCUCCUCCUUCGAUACACGUCAGGGCAAAGAGAAGAUUGGUGUCUGGCGACGAAAGUAAAUAUACUUAUGCCUGAUUGACCGAGGACACAAUAAAGAAUCAAUGGACGCCGAUAGACGAUUGAGCAAUUGCCUUUUGUUCUUUUUAUUAUGUUUUAUUAUGGGUAGUAGC